CACCGAAAAGCCUAUACAUACUUGUCAAGAUGUCCGACUUCAAGGCGCAGCCCCUCUUCGAUCAGAUCCGCGAUGGCCUCAAGGGCAUGGAUGACAAGGAGAAGAAGGACAUCCAGAAGAAGACCAACGGCGUGUUCGAGAUGCACAUCAAGAACUCGGGCGGCAAGGAGCUCGUCUACACCAUUGACCUCAAGAAGAACGCCGAGGCGUACGAGGGCCCCGUCAAGCAGGGCACCAAGGCCGACGUGACGAUCAACACGAGCGACGACACCUUUGUCGACAUGGCCGACGGCAAGCUCAACGGCCAGAAGGCCUUCAUGUCGGGCAAGCUCAAGGUCAAGGGAAACAUCAUGCUGGCCACCAAGCUCGACGGCGUCCUCAAGGCCCAGAAGGCCAAGCUCUAGAGGUCCUCGUCCUGCGUCCUCUUGCCCCUUGCUCCUACCAGAGCGUUUGUCCUCCCUCUUUAGUUUGUGAAAUAAUUGAAGUGGACAGACUCUUCAAUGCUAGGUCUAUCAAAGCGU